AAGUGUCCCUCAUUUGCAAGUCCCAUACGAUUUUACGAUAACACAAUAUCAGUUGAAAGUAAAAUAAAAACCAUCGAUAGAUUCGGUCAUUCCCAACAUUCAGUUUUGGAUGCCCAUCAAAGAAAAUCCAGAGAUGAGUCGAAGGAGAGGGAGAGUUGUGGUGGUGGGAGGCACAGGCUACUUGGGUCAACAUGUUCUUCAAGCCUUUUCUGAGACCCCCGGAGCCUCCCACUUCGAUCUCGCUUUUACCCACUUCUCCAAUCCUCCUCCUCAGUCUUUGCUCCACAAUUCUCUCGCUUUUCAUGUUGAUCUCAGAACUGGCCAAGGUUUUCAAGCCAUUUCUGAUACAUUUGGCAAGCCAGAUGUUGUGGUGAAUUGUGCCGCACUCUCUGUACCUCGAGUCUGUGAAGCUGAUCCUGCUGCUGCUAUGUCUAUUAACGUGCCAUCUUCGCUUGUAAAUUGGUUAUUAAGUUUUGAAGUGAAUAACACCUUGUUGGUCCAUUUGUCAACUGAUCAGGUUUAUGAAGGGUUGAAGUCUUUUUACAAAGAAGAAGAUGAAGCUGUUCCAGUUAAUGUUUAUGGGAAAUCAAAAGUUGCAGCAGAACAGUUUAUUGCUGAAAAAUGCUCAAAUUUUGCAAUUCUAAGAAGCAGUAUCAUCUUUGGGCCACAGACAAUCUCACCAGUACCAAAAUCUCUUCCAAUUCAGUGGAUUGAUAGCGUCCUCUCCAAAGGAAAUGCUAUUGACUUCUUUCAUGAUGAAUUUCGCUGCCCAGUGUAUGUCAAGGAUGUUGUUUCCAUCAUACUUGCUCUAUCAGAAAAAUGGAUAUCAGACGGCAAGCAAAUACAGCUGCUACUAAACGCCGGCGGACCAGACAGGGUGUCCCGUGUUCAAAUGGCCGAGAUAGUUGCAGAUGUCAGAGGAUACGAUAAAUCAUUGAUUAAAUCAGUGUCUGCAUCCUCAAUUGAUCGUGGAGUGAAAUCUCCUGCUGACAUAUCCAUGGAUAUCACCAAACUGAUUCAGACACUUGGUAUUUCCCCAAUUUCAUUUGAAGAUGGCGUGAGAUUGACUCUUGCAAGCGAAGCUAAAUCUUGAUUCCAAUUAAGUAAAACAUUAUUUCAUUCAAAUUCUUCCUUACUGUCAAGAAUAGAGCUACUUACAUAGCAUUUAUGUUGUAUAAAAUGUUAUCGGUUCAUAUAAUUCUGGUUGCCUAUAACCCAGAAGGUUAUUUUAUGCACUUUUUCUUAAGGGUGCUGUAAUAGUUCAAUUCUUUAGCCAUAUUUCAGAUAAUCUGAUCUGAUUUGCUUGUAACAUUGAAUUCAGUCUGUUAAUGUUACAGAAUGUGAAUUCAUUCUCUA